GCGGGCAGCAGCAGGAUGUUCAGCUGGAUGGGGCGACAGGGGGGCGGGCGAGACCGGCCCGGCGGGGCGGACGCGGUGCAGACCGUGACUGGCGGCCUGCGCUCGCUCUACCUGCGCAAGGUGCUGCCGCUGGAGGAGGCGUACCGCUUCCAUGAGUUCCAUUCGCCGGCGCUGGAGGACGCUGACUUCGACAACAAGCCCAUGGUGCUGCUGGUGGGCCAGUACAGCACGGGCAAGACCACCUUCAUCCGGUACUUACUGGAGCAGGAUUUUCCAGGUAUGAGGAUCGGUCCAGAGCCCACAACAGAUUCUUUUAUUGCUGUAAUGUAUGGAGAAACUGAAGGUAGCACCCCUGGAAAUGCUUUAGUUGUGGACCCCAAAAAACCAUUCCGAAAACUUAGUCGCUUUGGAAACGCAUUCCUUAACCGGUUCAUGUGUUCCCAGUUACCUAACCAAGUUCUAAAGAGCAUAAGCAUCAUUGACAGCCCUGGAAUUCUUUCUGGAGAGAAACAACGUAUCAGCAGAGGCUAUGACUUCUGCCAGGUCCUACAGUGGUUUGCUGAGCGGGUUGACAGAAUCAUCCUUCUCUUCGAUGCUCAUAAACUUGAUAUCUCUGAUGAAUUCUCAGAAGCCAUCAAAGCCUUCCGGGGCCAGGAUGAUAAGAUCCGUGUUGUGUUGAACAAAGCUGACCAAGUGGACACUCAGCAGCUUAUGAGAGUCUAUGGUGCCCUCAUGUGGUCUCUGGGGAAGGUGAUCAACACUCCAGAAGUGCUUCGAGUCUAUAUCGGCUCUUUUUGGGCUCAGCCCCUUCAGAAUACUGACAACCGAAGACUCUUUGAGGUGGAAGCCCAGGAUCUCUUCAAAGACAUCCAGAGCCUUCCUCAAAAGGCAGCUGUGCGCAAACUCAACGACCUCAUCAAGAGAGCAAGACUGGCCAAGGUACAUGCUUAUAUCAUCAGCUACCUAAAGAAGGAGAUGCCAGCAGUAUUUGGAAAGGAGAAUAAGAAGAGAGAACUUAUCAGUAGGUUACCAGAAAUCUAUCUCCAACUACAGCGAGAGUACCAGAUUUCGGCAGGCGAUUUCCCUGAGGUCAAAUUGAUGCAGGAGCAGCUUGAAAACUACGACUUCACCAAGUUCCACUCCCUGAAACCAAAACUUAUCGAGGCCGUGGACAACAUGCUGACCAACAAGAUCUCCUCCUUGAUGAACCUCAUCAGCCAAGAAGAAAUCAACAUGCCCACGCAGCUGGUGCACGGCGGGGCCUUCGACGGGACCACGGAGGGGCCCUUCAACCAAGGCUACGGAGAAGGGGCCAAGGAAGGCGCCGACGAGGAGGAGUGGGUCGUGGCCAAGGACAAGCCGGCCUACGACGAGCUCUUCUACACCCUGUCGCCUGUCAAUGGCAAGAUCUCCGGCGUCAAUGCCAAGAAGGAAAUGGUGACCUCCAAGCUGCCCAACAGCGUCCUGGGCAAGAUCUGGAAGCUCGCAGACUGCGACAACGACGGCAUGUUGGACGAAGAAGAAUUUGCACUGGCCAAGCAUCUCAUCAAAAUUAAACUCGAUGGUUACGAGUUGCCCAACAGCUUGCCCCCUCAUCUUGUCCCCCCCUCCCACCGGAAAUCUGUAUCAAAUGUAGAUUAAGAACCAAGAAGUGGGAGGAGGCCAUGGGGUCCAGUAGAAAGAUCUGGCCCGGGCAUCUGGAAAUCUGGGGUCUAGUCCUCAGUUUGCCGUUCUCUGGGACUUUGACCAAGCUGUUUUAACUUUCUGGGCCUCUGUUUCCUUCUCUUUAAAAGAACAGGGAUGAACCAGACAGCCUUUUCAGUUUCCUUCCAGCUCUAGAAUUCAAAGGGGUCUCUUCUAGGUUCAGGGUAGGAAAAGGGAGAAAGAACGAGAAAUGAGUAAAAAUUGAGUCAUUCAGAAGCUGCAGUGUGAAGUUGGGCUCUUGGUAACUUCAGCUAUACAUCGCUUUCAACUGAACCACCGAAAACCAUCAGCAACAGGCCUUUUGCCCCUGCCCUGAGCAUCAGUCAGCGAAUCCUGUGGUUGCCUUUACCCUUCACAGGUUAUGCGAGGGGAGGGAGGGAUGGUCUUUAUUUGACAUCUGCCAUCUUUAGGAAAAGACCAGGGAUUGACUCCACAAUUGCCAAACUACUCACUGACUAGAAGAAAACAAUUUCUUGAACCCUCAAAACCUAGAUUUGAAAAUGAGACGUUUUCUUCGAUCUGUGGACUCAUAUCCCUGCUCUAGGCCUAAGGACUUGAGUGCUCACCUUUGACUAAGUGAAUGCAGUCCAAAACGGUAGACCCAAAGGGUGAUUGAGACCAUUUCUCCCUCUCCAACAAAUCCAUACUUGGUUAGGAAACUAAGGGGAACAUGUCUCUAACCAUAAGCAAGAAUACAAGCAUAGGUUUGUGGUCAACCACUAGUUGACUUCUCUAUGGAAUACUUAUAGGACCAGUGUCAGUUUAAAAUGCACCUGCCACCAUUUUGUGACAUCUUUAAGGUCUCAUGAUUACAGUGUCCUUGUUUGCGUGUCCAGUCAUAUGUAGCAGUCUGUCUUCCUUAAAUGACCAUCAGGGAAUGAGGUUAUUACCCUGGAAUGUUGUAACAUCAUUAUACAAUGACUUACAAGAUCCAAGUUCACACAUCAUCAGCUGUGUGAACUAUUUUCUAAAAAUCAGGGAUUAUUUUUGGUUAAUUACAGCAAAAAGGGGAGAAGGGUUGGAAUAAAAGCCUUGUUUCAAAGACAAUUCACUUAUCUUCUCUCUUUAAAAAGUCAGGCAUGGUAUAGAGCAAUACCUUAAUUCAGAUGGGAUUUUCAUUUUUUAUGUUUGUAUUUAACCAAAAGUUGGCUCUUUGUCCCUUCUAAUAUUCUCUGUUAUCCCUGUUCUCUCUGGCUCUUUUGUCCAAACUCUUGUUUUAGAAGGGUAGUAGUAGCCUGUGCACCAGCAUGGAAAAAUCACCAAUAUGAUUUUUCUGAAUUAGAGGAAGACAGCAAAAGGCAAAGUCUAUCUAGUCAAAGCCCCAAUGGUUAUAGGAAGCCAAUGAAAUUAUAACAAUCCCCCAUGGCUCUUCCAGAAAAAAAGCCAAUUGCUUGCCUGUUUGUCCCUUUUUCUGUCUUCUGAGGUACCAAAGCAAGAAAUAUUAAAUUCAAAGAAAUCACUAUUUCUGUUUAGAAAGAGUUUGGUUUUUUUUGUUGUUGUUUUUUUAGUCUCAGUCUCCAUACUCUCUAGUUUAACUUUUUAAAUUGUUUAUUGUAAGGAGAAUUAAAUGUCUAACAAUGCAAAUUAUUUCCACUAAUGAACUUCUAAAACAUAAUUUAGGUCAGCAUUUAUGAUCCCAGUACUAAAAUCAGAGCAAAGGAUAUUUUCUUCUCAUUUCUGUGAGCAUUGACCCAGUUCUUGGACCACAGCAGUGUUGUACUUAAGAACAAAACGGGGCAGGGAGGGAAGGGCAUUAAAUUAUUCAAAAGCUUACUUUAAAGUUGUUGGAUUCUCUAUUUAGAUUUAUUUUUAUUUUCUAUUUGAUUGAUUGUCAUAUAUAUAAACACUUUUUAAAUAUGUUCUUGAAUAUAUGUAGACAUACAUAUAAACUUUAUACACAAAGAUUCUAUAUAUGUGUAUGUGUGUGUACAUGUGCGCAUGUGCAUGUGUGUGUAUAAAAACAGCACAGUAAAGUGAAUUUCACACUGGAUUUGGAAUCAGAGGAAACAAGGUUUGAAUUAGAACUUCUGAAAAGACCUUACUGACUUGUGAUGUGGGACACAUCAUUUCUAAAGUGGACCUCAGUUUCUUCAUCUUAAAAUACAGAGUUUGAACUAAAUUUUUUCCAAGACUUUUUCUAGCCCUAACCUAUCCUAUAUUGUAUUCAUGGAAAAUAAUUUAAUUUGCGGAUUAUUGCAAAGCUGAACUUUUUGUAUUUAGUGCAAAAGAAUUAUGAUUUCUGGACUAUUGAUAGUCGAAUAAUAGCCUAGUGCAGGAUAGAAACAUAUGAAAAGCAUUUAUUAGGCACUUACAAGGGCAGUUGUUGAGAGGUUGAUGGGAGAAAAAGAGUGAACAAUAGGGGGAGGAUGGGAGAAUGCCAGUUUCUCAUUUUAGCAUCAGGGAGCCACCAGUGAUAGCCAGCUCCAGAGUUCUUUGCAGCUCUAUCCAAAAUGCUGUGCAGAUUCGUUAUUCUUUUACCUGCAGUAACGAAGUUGGGAGCAUAGUUUGGGUCCAGUUACUGAGUUUCUAAUUGUGGAUAUAAAUUGGAGAAUUAAGAGCAGACCUGUCUCCAACACCUAAAAAUCUUGAUAAGUAGGUACUUGUUCUGUUCAUCGCUGAGGGUUGAACAAGAAGCAGUAGGUAGAAGGUGCCAAAGGACAAAUUUAGAGUUGCUAUUAGGAAAGAUGUCCUAAAAAUUAGAGCAGUCCAAAGUGAAAUUGGCUGCUUGGAGUGGUGAUAGAUUUUCCCUCACUGAAAGUCUUUAGACUUGAUGGGUUGCCCCUUAUCUACUAUGUAAUAGGGAUUCCUUCCAGGUAUCUGUUGGACUACCUGGCUUUUGGAGGUCCUUUAAACGCUCAGAUUCAGGCCCUUGUUCAGAGCCCUUCAUUGGUCUUGCCCACUGUUUUCUCCAAGUCCACAGUUGCCAGUAAAACUCAGGAAUGUGGCAGUAUGAUGGAGCUUGGCACAUAACGAGGGAUUUCUGAUGACCUGAAAACCUCUACCUACCCUUUAAUCCCCUUCUUGGCUACUUAAUAGAAACAUUUUUUCCCUCUUUGCAUCGAAAUUUUUUAAGAUUCUGAACUUAGAACUUUCCUAAAAAGAGUAUUUCUAUGAACAAAAUACAAAAAUAGAGCUCCAUCUGAAACUGUGAAUCUCCAUUUCAUACUAAUUACCAUUUCAAGUUUGUAAAUUCUAUGUAUUCUAAACUGCCCUGCUAGUCUAUGAUUUUAAUGGAAAUAUUUUUAAAACUCCACCCCUUAUACAGAAAGUUUUUAGGGAAUCAAUGAUGCAUACUUCUUUUGCCUUGAGUUUAGAAAAAUUAUAAAUCUUCUAAAUAAAAACUCUAGGAUUGUAUUUAUGCUAAUUAGGUUACUCUCCCCUCUAGCUGCUCGGAAAUAAGAUAUUAGAUUUUAAAAUUUCAUUUGCCUAAAUAUCUUUCAAUCCCAUGUAGAGACCAGUGGAGGAAAUUUCAGAAUAGCCUUACACCCCCAGCAGGGUCCUUUUUGCAGCCAAGUACCUUGUGAUAAGAUUACUCAACUGCUUUUCCCUUCUCUCAAGCCUCACCAAGUCCCCUUGCCUGCCCUCUUAACAGCCAUUCGUUAUUUAACAUAAGAACCAUUUGGUAGAACAUUAGUUCUAGUUUCUUAGCUUUUAUCACAAGACAGCAGCUGCCUACAUCUUAUGGGAAACAACAAACUGUUGGGAGGAAGCAUGAUGGAUGCAGUGAGAAUAAUUCUGGCUUUGUCAUCAGAGGAUCUGGGAUCAAAUCCUAUCUACUACCCAUAUAACCUUGGCCAAGUUCCUUUUUUUAAUAUUUUACUUUAUUUCUCUUUUAUUUGUCAUGAAUUUUCAUUUUUAAUAUUAACAAUUUAACUUUAUUAACUUGUUUUUCUAUUUUCUUAAGCUUUUAUUGAAUUUUCUUUCUUGGAAAAUUUUUAUUUUUCAACAUUUUAAGUUCUAGAUUCCCUCCACCAUCCUCUCCUCUACCCAAUGAGAAGUUGAACAAUAUGAUAUUUAUUACAUAUGUGAAGUUAUGUAAAACAUUUCCAUAUUAGCCGCAUUGGGGGAGGGAGGGAGGAAAAAUGGAGAAAGCAGAAAACAAUAUGCUUGAACCUGCACUCCAAGUUCUCUGCCUGGAUUUGGAUGGCAUUUUUGAUCCUGAGUUUGUUGGGAUUUUAGUGAGUCAUUACCUUGAUUAGCGUAGCUGUCGUUCACAACUGAUCAUCUUACUGCAUACAGCGGUCUGGUUCUGCUCCCUUCACUUUGCCUCAGUUUAUAGAAACCUUCCUAAGUUUUUCUGAAACGUUCACUUCUUUUAACACAAUAGUAUUCUUUGACCAUGUUUAUUAGCCUCCGCAGGCUAUAGUUUCCUCAUAUAAAAAAUGAGGAAGCUGAACUAAAAUUCUUCUAAGGAUGCUCGUGGAGGAAAACAAAACCUGGAGAGUAAGAGCGAAGCUCUGUUGUCUACUUGAA